AACCUUUUAAGAUAUAUAUUUUUUUCAGGAACUGUGCCUAAACAUCAUACCAACCUUUGCUGAGCUGAUUGACUACACAUCGCUGAAAACUUCCAUUGUUCCUAGAAUUAAGAAGCUUUGCCUGUCUACAAACAUAACUGGAGUAAGAGUCAAUUGUUUACUGUCUCUUGGUAAACUGUUGGAGACAAUGGAUAAAUGGUAUGUUCUGGAUGAAGUUUUACCUUUGUUACCACAAAUUCCAUCCCGGGAACCAGCUGUUCUAAUGAGUGUACUAGGUAUUUACAAAGUAGCAUUUUCACAUGACAAACUUGGUAUCACUAAGGAUAUACUGGCUGGAAAAGUGGUUCCAUUUCUUAUGACAGUCUCCAUUGAACAUAGUUUAAACCUUGGUCAGUUUACCGCAUUUAUUACUCUUAUACGGGAGAUGAUAACAAAGAUUGAGACUGAACAUAGGGGUAAAUUAGAACAGCUGGAACAGAUGAAACAAGAACAAAAGAGCAUGGAGAUUACUAAGAUAACAGAACAAGAUGAUAAGACACUGAUCAGUGGUAUAGAGGAAAAACCUAAAACCAUGAUGGACUCAUUCCUGUCAGGUUUUGGAAUGGGAGGAGGUGAUAAAUCUUACAGUCCGAGCCCAGGUAAAUCUGUCCAGCCAUCACAGCCUGCAACCAGCCAGCCUGCUAAGGUAACGCUUUCACUGGAGGAGAAACAGAGAAUCGCAAAACAACAGGAACAGCAAAGGUUCCUAAAAGCUGCCAAACCUCUCGAUGUCAAAUCUUCUAAUACUCAAUCUCAGAACAGGCCUAAAACAGCCUCAAACCAGCCUAAAGACUUGACCUCCAGUCUCAUGCAGUCUAAUAUGUCCGGACUUAGUUUGUCAUCGAAUAAACCUACAAACUCGUUCAAUGGUACGAUGGGACUGAGUUCUAAUAGCAGUAUUAAUAGUGGCUCUUUCGGGAAUCAAACUUCUAAAUCUGGCGUCAGUUCAAUGAGUACAGGAUAUGGAUCUUCUAUGAAUCAAGGUGGAUUCGGGUUAUCAAGUACAAGUUCAUAUUCCCAGAAUUCCUUUGGUCAAAGUUCAGUGGCAGGUCAAGGGAACAAGUCUGUGGAUCUGUCAUCAUUUGAUAAUCUCAUGACAAGUAGUUCACAGAAACCUAAAGUGUCUAUGAGUCAAAUGGGUCAAAAUCCAGGGGGUUCAUCAAUUCAGCAGACGGGCAUGAUUGGAAAUAUGGGUAACCAAGGCAUGAUGGGUAACCAAGGCAUAAUGGGUAAACAAGGCAUGAUGGGAAAUCAAGGAAUGAUGGGAAAUCAAGGAAUGAUGGUAAACCAAGGCAUGAUGGGUAACCAAGGAAUUAUGGGCCAGCAGGGCAUGAUGGGAAACCAAGGGAUGAUGAACAGUGGGUUUGGAGGGUCAAACAUGGGUUCAGGAUUUAGUGGUGGUGGUAUGAAUUUCCAGCUAGGUGGCAUGGGUAGCCAAGGGAGUAUCUUACAGUCCCAGCCAAUGGGAGGACAGAAUUUGAUGCAACCUCAGUCAAUCAAUAAUCAGAAUUCAGUGAAUAAUGUACCGUCUGUAAGAAAUGACCUUGAUGACCUAUUUGGAUGAAAACAAAGAUAAGAAACAAGUCUGUGAUAGCUUUACGUAUUGUGUUAAUGGAGGUGCAAUUAGUCAUUUCAGAGGGAUUGUCUUUCAGUAUCAUUAAAGUGUUAUAACUGCCAGAUUGUACAUUCCAUAAUCAUUAUUGAAGUAAAUAUCUUCACAAACUUAAGCAUAUAUCAUUGGUCAGAUAAGAAAUUGCUCUAAAAUAUUCCUGCAUUUCAUUGGUCGAUUUUACGAAUCAACUUUAGUUGAAAUAGCUUAGUAAAAAAAAAUGUGCUGAAAGCAUUUAAUGUUGUAGAAUGUUUUUGAAACCUGGCUCAGAGCUGAGCUUUCUCAUUGGUUGAUUCAAAGUCUGUUUUAGAAGAUUAACCAAUGAGAGAUUUGUUUAAAGCACUGGUUACCAGUCUGUUUUGUUAUGUAUACAUUUCAAGUUUUUUUUAUGGAAAAGUUCAUUUUAUUUCUUAAUUUUAGAUUUUUAUGAGAUAUUGGCUUACUACUUACUAAAGGUGAUUUUUUGUCAUCAUUUUUGCAACACAACAUGUAUUUCAAUAUGAUUUUUUGUGUUCAUAUUUUUAAGAUUUUAUUUCAUUCCCAUGAAAAUUGAAUAAAUCAGGAUGGUGGUCUAAAUAUGUACAUUUUAAUCAUACAUAUAUUAAAAUUUAAUUAUGUUUAUAUGGUAAAGGAUAUUAUUGCUUAACAUUAGGGUGCAGCUUGGUUCAUUUGUUAAGUUUUUAGAAUACAUAUAAUUCCAGUUAGCUAACAGAAUGUUGAUGGUUCUAAUCAAGUUCCCUCAAGUGCCUGAAAUAAUACUCAUAGGGGCACCUGGGAUCAUCUUCCUCCACCACUUAAGUUGAAAAAUGACAAUUUGACCUUAAAAGUUUUGUUGUGACUAAACCAUUGAAUGAUGAUACAAUUUAGCCUGAUACUUGUGUCAGUUCUAUAGAAACACAACUUUCAAUUAAUUUUAUUUAAUUUCGGAAAAUUAUUUGAGACCUGAUCUUUUCUAGAACUUAAAUUAGCUGUUUUAUUUUGAAAGGAGAUACAUGAAAGCAAAUGCAUAAUGCAUAUAAAAAAGUACUGCACUUGAUAUCUGUAUGUUAUUUUGUGUAUUCGGCCCUAUUUCCCACUUGUGUAUAUGAAAAUAUUAAUUGACCUAUUUCUUGAGCCUAAUUGUUUUCAUAUAAUAAAUAUACAUCUUCCCAGCAUAUACUAUAGUUAUUUGUUAGAUAUAAAAGAAACUGCAGAAGUAAUUGUUAAUUAAGGUCAAAAUUUACUUGCUUGAUUAUGUUAGGGUUCUAUAAGUCCAAAAGUUUCUUGAGGGUUCUUUAGCUUCCAAAAGUUUCUUGAGGGUUCUGCAACUCUAAAAGUUUCUUAAGGGUUGUUGUUUAAGGGUUAUACAAAUACCCAAAGUUUCUUGAGGGUUCUAUACCUUCAAAGGUUUCUUGAGGAUUCUACAACUCUUUAUCUUUUCAUUCCCUAGAUGAUUUUACAAUUCUAAAAGUUUAUCAACUUACUUGCUUGAGGGUUCUAUAACUCCAUUAUAUAAGCAAGUAACUUAUUUUGGAAUUGUAUUACUUGAGUUAAUGCUCCAAUGACAUUUUUGUUAGUGAUACCUUACAUAUCUGCUGACCUUAUUUGUUAUUAUAAUUUUAUAGAAUGGAAGUUAACUUCAGUGUGUGUUAUAAUUGAUACAUUUGUUGCUUUGUUUUGUUUUUGUCUGUUUCAAGCAUAAUACAUUGUAUAUGUGGACAUGUGUAAAAUACAUUCUUUUCAUAUCUGUGUCUAACUGUACUUUAUGAAUGACUAAUUUACAUGAUAAGGGGAAAUGCUUAAAAUAGUAGUUUGUAAAGUACUGUAUAAGUAUAUAUAUUUAUAUGUUAUAAAAAAAGAAGUUUGAUUCCUUGUGUGGAUGUAAUAUAUAACAAGAUAAGUUUCUGGGAAAUGCAUAUUAUACACAUAUUUUGUACAAUACAUUACUUUAAAUAAAUGUACCAGAACUUUUUACUUGUGGCCUUAUCAAGCAAUAAAAUCACCGAUUUGGAUAUAUUAUUUUGACACAUCAAAAAAAUAAAUUCUGCCAUACUUUAUAUUAAGCUAAAUUGUGCCUGAUUUGUUUCCGUACUUAUUUUCAGCGCGUCACAUUUUUAGUGGUUAUGUCACGUGUAUAAUGAUUAAGUCUCAUGCCUAAAUAUAGAAUGUCAACAGUGAUUUUAUUAUGCUCCGCGAAAUAUUUUGGGGAAGCAUAUAGUCGUCGGGUUGUCCCACUUACGAACUUUCGCUAUACGUAUAUGCAGUAUUUCGAUAGAGCGGAAGUCAGUGCGCGAGCAUGCGCUUUGCCAUAUCUCGUUCAGUUACCGCUCACGUUUUAAACUCGGUUGCUAUGAAACGACACUAAGUGUACAUGGCUUUUACAACUAAAAUAUCAGACAAACACAUUAAAACAAUACACAUAAACUACACAUAGUUGUUUUCCAUAUUAAUAUUUUGCAUUUGAAACUGAUAGUCAAACAAAUAUCUCAAUAUUCUUACUGAUUUAAUGUAUUGUGUACAUGUGAUGACAGCAACACUGAGUGUUAGAUUACUUUCGGUUCAGAAAAUUCAUUUGUUUACCAUCAAAACUCAUAUGUUUACCAUAGGAACCAUAUAUAGAUAGAAAGCAAAUUAAACAAGGGUAAAGAAAAAAUUGUCCGUUUCUGAACAAAAAAACGAAUAAAUAAAUACAAAGUCUUUUUAAAAGGUCCCUUCUUUGAGUUCAUUUGAAAGGGGAAUAAUUUGGUGGAAUUUUAGACAGGGAAACAGGGAGUUAUCUUUCAUAGGGAAUAUGGCCGACUGAAAUCAUGCAAGCAAAUUUGUAAGUGUGUCCGUCCGUCCGUCUUUCCGUCCGUACGUACGUCCCGAAUUUGUGUCCGGCCCAUAACUUGGUCAUUUGAAGUCGGAUUUUAAAACUAUUUCACAGAAAUGAUCACCAUAUUGAGACGAUGUGUCGUGCGCAACAUUUGGGUUGCUACCUUAAAGGUCAAGGUCACAGCAUGACCUUGCAGCAAAAUCAUGUCUGGUCCAUAACUUCAUUAUUUGAAGUUGGAUUUUAAAAAUAUUUCACAGAAAUGACCACCAUAUUGAGACGAUGUGUCGCGCAACAUUUGGGUCGCUACCUUGAAGGUCAAGGUCACAGCAUGACCUUGCAGCAAAAUCGUGUCCGGUCCAUAACUUUGUUAUUUGAAGUCGGAUUUUAAAAAUAUUUCACAGAAAUGAUCACCAUAUUAAGACAAUGUGUCGCGAGCAACAUGUGGGUCGCUUCCUUGAAGGUCAAGGUCACAGCAUGACCUUGCAGCAAAAUAGUGUCUGGCCCAUAACUUCGCUAUUUGAAGUCGGAUUUAAAAAGUAUUUAAAAGAAAUGAUCAUCAUAUUAAGAUGACGUGUCACACACAACAUUUGGGUCGCUACCUUGAAGGUCAAGGUCACAGCAUGACCUUGCAGCAAAAUUGUGUCCGGCACAUAACUUCAUUAUUUGUUGCAUAAUAACACACACUUUGGUUCUUCUAUAUUCAAUAGUGAAAAAGGCGGGUCCUGUUAGAACAUGUAGAAUAUUAUAUAAUACAUUACUUUCUGAAGAUAUGUGUACAGCAUUGAAAGCGCCAACAGAAAAUAUAUGUAUAAAAAGUAUGUGAUAUUUAGUUUAGACAUAUUUUAUAUGUUAACAAGCAUGUAUCAUUUUACAUCACAAUAUAUAUGGAUUGGAAAACAAGCAGAACAAUAAUGAAUUCCUUUCCACAGAAUGAUAUUUCUUUUCUGCAUUUCCCAGAAACCUAUUUUUUAUAUGUUUAUAUGUUGUAUAUACAAUUAAUACAAAAUAUAUCAAUAUAAUAUAACCAUUCUCUUAAAGUAUUUUGUAUUAUGCAUAUAAUAAAAUGUUCGUAGAAUAGCUUAUUUUAAAUUGGGAACUGUGCAAUAGAAAUAGGCAAUAAAUAAGGAUUUAUGUUUAAUUUUUUGAACUUACUUGUAUGUGCAUGUACUAGAUUUCCAUUUGCUAAAUAACACCAUUUUUAAACAGGAAAAGAAUGAAAAUGAUGUAUGUUUAUAACAAUGAUUUGUAUCAUAUCUAAAGGGGAAAAGGUACAUAUAUAUAUA